AUGAUUACGCGCUUCAUCACCGACGUUUCCACCAAAUUCAACCCCUUUGCGCCGCGGUCCAAGACCUGCCGUAUCUUUCUAUCUCUUCUCCCUCCUAAUGCACGACAGACAAUGAAGAUCAACACCGUGCUGCUACCGCGGGAGAGCCGGGACCGCAGCGCCUUGAGUCUCAAGUUUAAGGAUGGCAAGGCCAUGGAGCUCGACACGGAAAAGCUUGGCAUCAAGGGAAUUGUCGAGGAAGUUGACAGACAUUCUCGUAUGCUUGACCGCCAGGAGGAGCUGAACGGAUAGAAGGCCAAAAGUCGGUUGCAUUGAAUCAAUUUGAAGCGAAAAGACAUUUUUGUUGCAUGGAGCUGUUCAUCCUGGCAGCAAUGGAUG